GAGACUUGUAGAGGCGCAAAUUGAAACCAUCGUAAUGCUGAAGUAAGGUUUCCUAUUACAGCGAGAAUUUCUUUCCUGUUUUAACGGACGAAAUUUAAGCUUGGAGUCGGAAUGGCUAGUGGUGAUGCAGAAACCCACACUGAAGUUGUGGAUGAAAAGCCUCCGGCAAAAAAGCUGAAGACUGAUGACUCUGACGAUGCGUCCGUUGUUGAUCAACUUCCGUCCCAGUUUACAGCUGAAAAUGUCGUUGCUGAAACUCCUGUUGUGAUGACAGACAAUACAAACGUCCGGGCGGCUCCUAUCGGUGGAGUUGAAGCGAAUCCACCGAAUAUCACAGCACCCGUGGAGCCGACAACUUUGGACGAUAAUGUCAACGAACUUAGCCCACGGCAACCAGUGUUAGAGCAGCCUCGUAGACCAGACGCCCCACCUGUAACAGAUGUCCCUUCGACUAAUGAAAUGCCAUCUCCGUCUAUCGACAGCUCCAUGGAGAAGCGUCCCGUAGAGGACAUCAAAUCAAGCGAGGUGUGGUCGGAAACUUCAAAUACUGGAUGUACUCUUCCCGUUUCGAAUGUUACUUUGACUAAUCUCACCGAGUUCUCUCCUCAUGAUCCCUCGUCAACCGCUGUGAACCUCGAGAACUGCGUAUACGGUUUGACACCUGCGGCUGUGAUGACCAGUUUAGGCAAUCAACAGCUUAGACCGAUUGCAAACCAGUUUGGAGCGAAUACAACUACCCUGUUUGCUGCUGGAAAUUAUCCCCACAUCAUCACAACGCCAUCACAAGCUGGCUUGCAGGGCUUUGCUGCUGCUGGUGGAACACUGUCCGCACUUCCAGCAGGUGUGCUGUACGCCCAAACUGGUCCCCAGCCUUCAGCCGUUGCCGGCUUCUCGCUCUUAACACAACCAAUCCAUUACCAAACGGCGCCUUUGAAUGCUGCGGUAAAGAGCUCGACUGGCGAGCAGACAACAGAGCAAAUGAGUCAAGAACAACAGCAACAAGCUCAAACACAAGCGCAACAACAUGAGCAAGAAGCUUCACAACAGCCGGAUGACAACGACAUGCAAGCUGUGCCAAACAUCGCGUUCGCAACCGGUAACGCUUUUUCUAGCGGAAGUUACGCCGGUGUAAUACCCGCAGCUCAAGCCUAUGGCAAUGCCUACAUCGCUCAAGCUGCCCAACCGCCCGGAGUUGCAGGACAAACCGCCGCCUACGUGACGUAUCCCGUGACCAGCGGUGAAAGUCUAGUCACAUCGAAUGGCGACCUAAACUCCAGCCAGGCAAAUGGUCAGGCGUUAUACCAAUAUAAUCCUACAGCAUUUGGUCGCGGGCAACCUCCAACGUAUCCGUACAGUUUUAUUGGUAAUCCUGGAACAUAUGCCGCUAGAGCUUUUGUACCGGUGGCAGGCGCAACAUCCGCCAGUAUCGGCAAUUCGAGCAAUUACCAAAUGACUCAGUUAGCCAACGUCAUAACCCCAAAUACCUCCGCUGUUAUUGGUCUUCCAGAUGGCAUGAAUGGUAGUAACAUACAGUACGCUGGGCAGCUAACUACCGGUGUUGGUCACUCUGAUGCACCAAACAAUGUUAAAACAGAAAUGAACCCCGCCGUCCUUGUUCAAAAUACAACCACUGGUCCUGUCCAGGUUGCCGACACACAGUUUGUUGUCACGUCAGCCUGCGACACGGCAGCUAACAACCAACGAUUACGUAAUCGAGCUGGACGUGGUCGUAGUAAAACUACUGGUCGUGGACGAAGGUCGGUCUCGGGACCUGGGCCCGAAGUAGAUCACAACAUUGAGAGAAUUUUCAUCUGGGACCUUGAUGAGACAAUAAUAUUAUUCCAUUCUUUGCUUACUGGUUCGUACGCUGGAAAAUAUGGCAAAGAUGCUUCUUCAACUGUAAAUAUUGGUUUAAGAAUGGAAGAAAUGAUUUUCAGUCUCUCUGACACACACUUGUUUUUCCAUGAUCUUGAGGAUUGCGAUCAAGUACAUAUUGAUGACGUUGCUGCUGAUGACAAUGGCAUUGAUUUAAGCACGUAUAAUUUCGAGAAUGAUGGGUUUCGAUCUUCUGGCGGUAUUUGUCUUAAUCAGAACAUGCGCGGUGGAGACUGGACGAAGAAACUUGCCUAUCGCUAUAGACGCAUUAAGGAGAUCUACAAUAGUUAUCGUAAUAACGUUGGAGGUUUGCUUGGACCUGCGAAACGAGAGACAUGGCUUCAACUGAGAAUGGAAAUGGAGGCACUAACUGACUCGUGGCUGACCUUGGCUUUAAAAGCUCUCACGCUUGUACACUCAAGGUCGAAUUGUUUAAACUUACUUGUUACAACGACCCAACUUGUUCCUGCAUUGGCCAAAUGUCUUUUAUAUGGUUUGGGUGGCAUCUUUCCUAUUGAAAACACGUAUAGCGCCGCUAAAGUAGGGAAAGAAUCGUGUUUUGAAAGAAUUGCAAAUCGCUUUGGUCGAAAAUGUACUUAUAUUGUUGUUGGUGAUGGUCGUGAUGAGGAGUUAGCGAGUAAAACGAUGAACUUUCCUUUCUGGAAAAUCUCCUGUCAUCAAGAUCUCAUAAAUCUUCACCAUGCCUUGGAUCUCGGCCAUUUAUAAUGAAGCAAUUGUCGUGUAGGUUUGUGAACCACAUGUGACGUAGGCUUGUUUGUAAAUACGUCAUUUCUAAAAUGCUCAUGCGCAGCAAAACGUGUACUGAUGUGGCAACAUAUAAUGUUAGCACUGUUUAUCGAAUGAUCUUUAAAUUUAUAUAUAUAUAUACAAAUACAUACAUGUGGGCUACUUUAUUUGAACAUUGCUGCUCGGUUGGUUGCUCACAGAAAUUAUUGUACUUUUAGAGAGAUUUGUGAUCGCACAUUAGAUGUGUUUUAACCCUUAUCUUAACUUGAGUUCUCGCCCUUACACGAUAAAUGGGUUAGAUUAGCAAUGACAUAAUAGUUGCAAUCUUAUUUACGUGACACGAGAUUUCUGCCACUACUCAAAAUUAUAAGGAUCUCCGAGGCGCUGCAAAUUGUAAACUGCAUUUUGGGUUGCGAUACGUGGUGAUUAGUAUAAUUAAUGCAUAAGUAUUUUCUCUUCAGUGUCGAGGUCAGCUAGAUUUUAUUCAUCCAACUAUGCAGGCACUUCAGUGCUUACAAAAUUUAAACUUAAUGAAUUCCAACAAAUUUACGCCCUUGCAUAGCAGGCUGAUAUUUCGGGCUGUCUUUGCUACUGCUUCCAGCCAUUGAAAAUAAAAAUGCCCGUCCUUAAAAUUAGUAGUUUAUACGUGUUAACAAUAUAAAAUGCAUUGAUGACGUGCUAUCCUUGAACUAAAUAUAACUGGAAGGCUACCUUCACCCAGAAAUUUGAAGUUGAAGUCGGCAGUAUUAUUCUCAGUCUUUCCGCGCUUAUGCUAAACAUGUUCAAAACAAAAUAAUUCAGUGUUUUUGAAGUGACCGUGAGAAAAAAAGGAAAUAAAUCGGAAAAACUGUUUCUGAAAGAUCUCGAUUUGUUGAACUUAUUUAUAGCAAUAUUUUUAGAUUAAUACAUUAUUAUAGAAACCAUUUUUGUGGAGAAAACGAACUUAACAAACUUUGACAAAUACGGACAUGUCGACAUUUUGCAAAGAUGCCUUGUUAUGUUGACAUUCCUUAAAAAAAUGUUUGACCACUAAUGAGACUGACAUAAAAACACAGUUGAAUAGCACCUGAACGUAAAGAAGUCUAUGUUAUAAAGUGCCAUUUACGAAAAACAUCGCAAUUCUUCUCACUUGGGCCAAAAUGAAUCCGAGCGCAAACCUUUGCCAUUUAUAAGUUUCCUGUGUAAAAAAUGUUUGGUCAGCAGUAAACUUAAAUUUCUUGUAUUGUUAGCACAAGACAAGGCUGUAAAACAAAAGUUUUGCCUAAAAUCCCGUUAUAAACAUGUUUUUUAUUGACUUGUUCGUUUUGUUUACAAUCACGCGUCACGAAGCUGAACUUGCAUGAUUUGACUUCCACACACGCGUGUCUGGAGGUCAUAUCACGCAAAUUUUGGCUUUAUUUCGUGUGUUACCGAUAUAUCAUAAGGUAGCCUUCCAGUUAUAUUUAGUUCAAUUCGUGCUAUUGACACCACUGAAGUGAAUGUAACUGGAGGGCUACCCCAACCAAAAUUUGCAGCCAGCAAUUGUACUCAUUUAAUUAAAAUACAUGGAACGCUACCUGUAAUAUAAAAGCCCAAUAAUUUUUAGAAGCCAAAUUUUACACCCAGACACGCGUGUGUAAUUCAAUGAAUUUUCACUCCGCGAAACAAUCUCAACACUCUAUACACGCGUGUCGGGGUGUAAGAUUAGGCUUCAACUACUUGCUUCAGUUAGCGUUUCAUGUAUUUUAGUUCAAUGAUUCUACUACUCCCAAUCUUUCCACGCACGGCCCAAAGAAAAUUCAUUUACGACGAUAAACUAGGAAAAUGCGUGCUUCAUGCAAGAUGGCUUUAUGUUUAUAUUAAGGUAGUCUUCGAGUUGUUUAUUUAGUUCAAUGAUUAAACCUGCAAAAAUAUGGCGGCUUGGCGAUUUCAUCCGAUUCUUUGUGGUUUUGAAAACAUUUAUAGCCACAUUUCUACGUGCAGUGGAAAAUUUCAUAACUUUUUGUAAAGAGAAGAUGAUCAGACAAAGAUGCUCAAACGCCAAUCGAAACGAUUUCCGCUUUAAAAGAAUCGCGUGGAAAAUUAAACAUGCCGCCAUGUUUUUAAUAGCGGUGAAUACAAUUGAAAUGUUCACUGUGUAGAUUUCUUAUUCGUCCAAGAUUUCAUACAAAAUAUUGCAGCAACUUAUGUCGAACAGAAAUAAUUUGUUUCGACUGGAGAUAAUUUUAAAUUAGAUUGGGGAGAGUUUAUUUCCUGUAAAUAAUAUAACACUAAAGAGGUUUUGUUAUAAAUAACAGUUUAUUAUUCUUAA